AAUAAGGAAGCGGUGGGGUCCCAGGGGUCCGUCAGCGGGUGGGUCGGAACCAUGGGGGAACCCUGGGCGGCUCGGGGUGCAGAAGGAGCUCCCCCGCGGUUGCCACUGGUGCUCACAGCGCUGUGGGCUGCAGCCGUGGUAUUGGAGCUGGCUUACGUGAUGGUGCUGGGGCCCGGGCCGCCCCAGCUGGGACCCCUGGCCCGGGCCUUGCAACUGGCGCUGGCUGCUUAUCAGCUUCUUAACCUGUUGGGCAACGUGGGACUCUUCCUGCGCUCCGAUCCCAGCAUUCGGGGCGUGAUGCUGGCUGGCCGCGGCCUGGGCCGGGGUUGGGCUUACUGUUACCAGUGCCAAAGCCAGGUGCCACCACGCAGUGGGCACUGCUCUGCCUGCCGAGUGUGCAUCCUCCGGCGAGACCACCACUGCCGCCUACUGGGCCGCUGUGUGGGCUUCCAUAACUACCGGCCCUUCCUGUGCCUGCUGCUUCACGCCGCUGGGGUCCUGCUCCACGUCUCAGCACUGCUAAGCCCUGCCCUGUCAGCCCUGCUGCGGGCCCACUCAGCCCUCUACACGGUGGCUCUCCUCCUGUUGCCCUGGCUCAUGCUACUCACAGGCAAAGUGUCUCUGGCCCAGUUCGCCUUAGCUUUUGUGGUGGACACAUGUGUGGCAGGUGCACUUCUGUGUGGUGCUGGACUGCUUUUCCAUGGGAUGCUCCUGCUGCGGGGCCAGACCACCUGGGAGUGGGCUCGGGGUCAGCACUCCUAUGACCUGGGCACCUGCCAUAACCUGCAGGCAGCCCUGGGUCCGCGCUGGGCCCUCGUCUGGUUCUGGCCUUUCCUAGCGUCCCCUUUGCCUGGAGAUGGGAUCACGUUCCAGACACCAGCUGAUGUGGGUCUUGUGGCUUCCUGAGUCCAGGUAGAGCCAGAACUGAAUAGGGAGGAAGGGAGCAGAGGAGAGCGCUGGGAAUUUGCUUUCAGCUUCAUGCCAGCCACAGGAGAAAAGGCCAGGUUGGCCAUUCAUGCCUCUAGUGGGCAGCUCUAGCUCCCUCCUUGGACCUGCCCAGUGUGGGCUUUUCCAUAUGGAGAGCUCAGACACUGCAACUCUGCCCCUUUUGGUGGUGGUGGUGGGGUCUUUGGCAAGGGGUCUACUUGGCUUGCCUGUCUGCCUCUCUACUGUGCCCACCUGGUUCUUGUCCUCCCCCAUCUUUGCUGGGUUCCUAUCCCUCACAUUGCUUUGUUUGCUAUUUCCAGUUCCCAUGGCUGUCAGGACUGGGGACUACAGAAGGCAUGAGAUCCUGAUGGGCCUUGGAAGGGUGUGGUGGGAUCCAGGCAAGGAAAGGCCAAGUGUGCUCUAGAGGGUAGCACUCUGUAGACACAUUUCUGCAGCAGGGGUUUCAAGGAAACUCUUGCAGCACACCUGUAUGUGGGGCCAGAGUUGGGACCUUUGUUCUUUAAGAAACAUAAAGCCCUGCUAGACUGUUUGACAAGAUUGUGGGGUAGAAAUGUAGACCUUGCUCAAGGAAAUCCACCUGCUUCUGCUUUUACCUUUUUAAAAUUUAUUUAUUUUUAUU